GGAGGCUCUGCCGCGGGGAGGGGAGGACGUGAACGCGACCGACACUUCCAGUGCUUACCGGGUCGCCGUUCAGGCGCGAAGUAUUCGUUACGUGUAUUGUGUGUGUGUUUCGAGACUUGACUACAAACGAAUUACAACAACCAAAGGAAUAUAAUUGAAAAUGCAAGCAGUACAACAUUGAAAUGGCAAUGCGGAGUGGCGGAGCAAGCGCAGGGGGGCGCUCCCGUGGGGGGGACUCCCAGGCAGCGCGUGCGAUGGACGAAUUCGAGCAACUAGCAGGUCUGCGAGGACGAGCUGUAUAUGUGCUGGAACACCUGGCGACAUUCACGGUUACCAGGGAGACCGGGAUCGUGUAUCCUGCUGAUGGCAUGCGGCGGCUGCUGCAGCUGGAGAAGACAAAUGGAAUAUGGAGUCAAAAGAUGCAGCUAUGUUUAGAAGAACAAUGGGUUCUUGUGAUGGAUUACGAAACUGGAUCCAUAAUGGAGCGCUUCCCCGCGACCUGGGUGCAUUCGCCCACCGCCUUCACAUCACCAGAACCAGCUGAGCUCUACAACAAUGUGCUGGCCUUCGUGGUAGGGGCCCCGGAGACUGGUGGGGGCUCGCCGGGCGGUUCGAGACGGGAGCUGCAUAUAUUUCAAUGUCAUGACGUCAGCGCGCAGACCCUGGUUGAAGAGCUGAAUACUUUGAAGGGCGUAGGAAGUGGUGCCUCGGAGAGUGGCCGCGAUUUCGUCAUCGAGCGGGAGAGAGAGCGUGAACGAGAGACAGAGAUAGAACGACCUCGACGGCAGCAAAUGUCCGCACAGCUGGGCCGCGGGGAGCGCGGGGAGCGGGGAGGAUCCGGCGGGGAGAGAGAUGACGCAUCCUCUACAGGAUCCGAGCGUCUGUACGAACAGGACAUCGCCAUCUUAAACCGAUGCUUCGAUGACAUAGAGAAGUUCAUCGCACGGUUGCAACACGCAGCCGCUGCGUCUAGAGAACUCGAAAGACGUAGACGCUCCAGGGGAGGGAAGAGGAGCGCGGGGACAGGGGAAGGAAUGCUCGCGUUACGCACCCGUCCCCCACCAGAAAGGGACUUCGUUGAUGUGUUACAAAAGUUCAAGUUGUCCUUCAAUCUGCUAGCAAGAUUGCGCACACAUAUACACGAUCCAAAUGCCCCAGAGUUGGUCCAUUUUCUAUUCACGCCGCUCGCUUUGAUAGUAGACGCAGCUCAGGAUGUGGCUGAUGGUCGUCUGCCGUCUCGUGUAGUGCAGCCAUUGCUGACGAGAGACGCGCUCAAUCUGUUGGCCAAUUGUGUGACCAGUAAGGAAACAGAGUUGUGGCAUUCGCUUGGAGAUGCUUGGCUGAUACCAAGAGAACAAUGGAAAACAGCAAUACCUCCAUAUCAGCCCGUGUUCAUGGAUGGCUGGACGCCGGACUAUCAAGUAGACGAUCAGCCUUUGAGAAGGCCAUCACCUCGUCGCAGCGAAGGAAGGGUGGUGGAGGAAGCUGCGGGUAGUGCAGCGGAUGGUUAUGUUUAUGAAAGGGAUGAACCAGAUCUGUACGGGGAGAGGGAGUACGCACCGUAUCCAAGAAAUACGCGAACACUGACAAGAGAAGAUUCUGGAUCAGCUGCUUCCUCGCCGGAACGGGAACCUCCAUAUCGCCCCAAUGAACGUGAAGAUGAUGAUCUAGGAGAAGCGUGGGCGCAAGGGGUAGCGGCCAGAGGGGGGAGGGUGGUACGUGUAACCUACCCCAGAACUGCGAACAAUGAUAAGGAGCUGACUGUAGUCCGUGGGGAAUAUCUUGAAGUGCUAGACGACUCCCGCAAGUGGUGGAAGGCCCGCAACCGGCGCGGCGUGACGGCGCACGUGCCGCACACCAUCGUGGCGCCCGCCGUCACCCCGCCCUCCUCCCCGCACCUCUACCCGAACCCUAUCUAUACGCACUAUCAGGAAGGCGGCGGUCGGGGCUCCGGCGGCAGCAGCCCCACAGCGCCCGCGGAAAAGCCUAUACCCCCUCCCCCACCACCGCCGCCCCCUCCCCCUGAACCGCCCGUCGCGCCACCGCCACCGCCGCCUGUGACGAAAACUGAUACUAUCAAAUCUACAAAGUCAGCAGUGAGCACCAGCAGUGAUCUACACGAAGAACUAAAAGCAGUGCUACCACAGAUACAACGCAGGCUGGAGAUCAAGAAGACACCGGAUAUAUUUAUUCAUCAGAAAUCGAAUCCAGACGAAGUCGUGUCCUGGCUGGAACUAAAAGGCUUCAGCAGAACUGCCCAGAAGCAGCUGCGUGUGUCUGGUCACCAGCUGUUCGCGCUCUCCAGAGCACAGCUGGAACGCGUCCUGGGGCCAGACGAAGGGAAGCGGCUGUAUAGCCAGGUUCUGGUGCAGAGGAAUGUGUCUGGGUACAAGACGACAUCAGCGUCAGAACUGCAGAGCAUACUGCGGAAGGUUCGAGAGAAGGUGGAAGUAUCCUGACCAUAGAUAACAACACCACAGACAACGCAAAUUCCACAGACAAUGCAAACUCCAGAGACAACGCAAACUCCACAGACAACGAAUGCGCCACAGAUGACGAAUCGGGAAUAGAUCCGCCCAUAGACUAUAUUCAAAUAGAUGCAGAACAGAAAUAUUAUCGAAGUUCAUCGUUCUGUUGAUAUAUUAUUAUGUUAUUAAUAUGAUUAAAUAUAAUUUUCUACCAUUA